GCACUCCGAUUCGAGCAUUCUUUGGAAAACUAUGGCUGCCGGGCACUGCCGAGGAAGCAGCUUGCGAAGUCUUUAAAAGGGACCCGCAGGUCAAUGAAGCGAGGAAAUGGCUGCCGCCAUCUAUGCAGAAGAUUCGUGACCGCGUGUCACUCAAUGGAGCCCAGAAAGCAGAGCUGAGAAGGAUGGGCAUGGAUACCACGCUUGUCCAAUCAAGCAUGUGGAGAUGUAUUUUUAACGGUUUCAGACACCUGGGUUGUUGCACUGCCAAGCAUGUAUUCAGUAGCGCUGACUGCUGA